AUGGAUGACAAUUUGUCCAGUGAGGCUUCAUCCACAAGUACAACAGACACUGAAGAGAGUACAACGGAAUCAGAAACUACAUCAGAGGGUGCAGGAAAAACAACAGCAGAAACGGAAACCAUGACAGGAGGUUCAGAUAGCACAACUGCUGAAACAGAAACAACAACAGGAGGUUCUGACAACACAACAGCUGACACAGAAACAACAACAGGAGGUGCAGACAGCACAACAGCGAAAACAGAAGCAACAACAGGAAGUUCUGACAACACAACAGUUGACACAGAAACAUCAACAGUAGGUUCUGACAACACAACAGUUGACACAGAAACAUCAACAGGAGGUGCAGACAGCACAACAGCUGAAACAGAAACAACAACAGAAGGUGCAGCCAGCACAACCCAACCUCAAACAACAAUAGAAGCUUUAAUCAGCACAACCGCAGAAACUGAAACAAUAACAGAAGCAGCGGCUGUCACAACAAAAGUUGUAGGCCAUACAACAAUAGAAGCAUCCGCAACAACAACUGCCCAAGAUGCAGCCACCACAACAAAAGGAGAAGCUUCAGAUACAACUACUGCCAAAGAUGAAGUCAGCACAACAAAAGAAGCUUCAGCCACAACAACCAUCCAAACUGCAGCAACAACAAUAGAAGCUGUAGAUUCAACCAUUUCUCAAGCUACAGUCACCACAACAAAAGAAGCCGCAGAUACAACUACUUCCCAAAAUGCACUCACUACAACAAUGGAAGAUGCAGAUACAACCACUGCCAAAGCUGCAGCAACCACAACAGUAGAAGCUGCAGAUACAACCAUUUCUCAAGCUACAGUCACCACAACAAUAGAAGAUACAGAUACAACAACUUACAAGGCUGCAGCCACCACAACAGUAGAAGCUGGAGAUACAACAGGUGUCCAAGCUGCAGCUACCACAACAAUCGAAGAUUCAGCCAAAACAACCACCCAACCUGCAGCCACACCAACAAAAGAAACUGCAGAUACAACAACAUCCCAAGCUGCAGCCACCACAACAAUAGAAGCUGCAGAUUCAACAACUGUCCAAGCUGCAGCCAUCACAACAAUCGAAGAUUCGGCCACAACAACUACCCAUCCUGCAGCUACUCCAACAAUAAAAGCUUCAGAUACAACCACUUCGCAAGCUGCAGUCACCUCAACAGCGGCAGCGAUAGUUGCAGAAGGCACAACAAGUGGAGAUAUGACAACCUCAAAAGCUGCAACCAGCGCAACAACGGACGAUACAGAGACAACAUCUACAAAACAAGCUGAAGUUACAACAGAAACUCUAACAAUAACAACAUUACCAUCCACAACCACAGAGGAUGUCUGUGCUAACAUCAGUUGUCAAAAUGGUGGAGUUUGUGUUCGAAGGAAUGAUGAGGGCCUUUGUCAGUGCAAUGGAAACUAUACAGGAAGCACAUGUCAAUAUGCUGUUCCAAGCUACACUUCAUGGUCUGUUUGGGGUGCCUGUGACCAGACUUGUGGGGAUGGUCUCCAAACAAGAACCAGAAACUGUACUGACGUCACGGGCGCAGACCGUGACUGGGAUUGUGGGAAUGAACUGAAGGAAGAGAAAGCAUGUAAUGGGCUACAAGCAUGUGUUGUGUCUUCUAAUCCGUGUGAUGCUGCCAUCAAUCCCUGUGCGUCUGAUGGAGUGACACAUACUUGUAGGGUCCAGCGUGAUGGAUCGUUCAAAUGCUCGUGUGAAAAUGGUUUUAUCAAUGAUGCUAAUGGGGUGUACUGUGUAAAUGAAGAUGAAUGUAUGAGGUCGAAUAAUGACUGUAAAGAUAUUUAUGCAAAAACAUUUAAAGUGGGCGUGUCUGGGUGUAGGGACACUGUUGGGAGCUAUGACUGUACAUGUUCCAGUGGAUUUACUUACAACAGUACAACCAGAGCAUGUAGUGAUUUUGAUGAGUGUGACAGCAGUAGUUUAAACAACUGUGACAUUGCACCCAGAGCUACCUGUACUAACACACCUGGUAGUUUUACCUGUGCUUGUAAAUCAGGAUACACAGGUGAAGGAACCACAGGGACAUGCAAAGAGAAUAGAUUGCUCAGUUUUACUGGCCAUACAAACCUGUCAUCAGCAGCCUAUUCUGCGUACUUCUUUCCACAAUAUGCCAUUCCUGUUGGAAAUUUCCUGUAUCCUUCAUUUUAUUUCACCAGAGGAGGGUUAUUGCUGUUCUCCACUGUCACCAGUGUCAAAGAGAGUACAGGAACAAGGAGACUGUUCACCAAUCCUUCCACGUUCUCCUUGGAUUCAUCAUUCCAAGAAAAGGCAGCAUUUGCUCCAUGGUGGUCCAACAUGGUUGUGGGGUCAGACAGUGAGAGCGGUGUAUAUUAUAAGGAAUAUUCUUCCGAUGAUACAACUGAAAACAAUUUUAUGUUGGCACAGAGAAAUGAUUUCAAUGCAAGUUUUGUUGGAUUUAGCAUGUCUCCUCCAAAGUAUAUGAUUGUGAUAACAUGGAACAAAAUGGAACGGAGUAAAACUCCACCGAGUCCAUCUCAGACUGUAACUUUCCAGUUGGUGAUGUUAUCAGAUUAUGAGAACACCUAUAUUAAGGUCAUAUAUAAUGACAGAGAAAUGACGUGGGACGUUCUGAACUCAGUGAGUAACUACCCAGUGAGGAUUGGACUCUUGAAGCAGAAUGAAACUGUUGAAGAAUAUCCUCAGUCUUAUCUGGAUCUGCUCUCUAAAUCAGAUGACAAAGAUAAGAUACAGAAGAUUGAUGAAGUUAUUCCUACAGGGCUUGUUGGAGCUGUAGAGUGGGAUAAAAAAGGUUUUGCAUAUUAUCGUAUCUCCAAGUCAGGUGGAUCAACCUCACAUCCAGGGCUACAAUGUAGUGCAUAUAUCGAAACUCAGAGAACUCGACAACAGACCUCACAGUACUCAGUUGUGACAGCAGAUGUCAGCAAAUGUCCCCCAACUUUAUUGCAAAUGACUGACUACUUUGCAAACUUCACGAGUGCAGGGAUUCCCACCACCAUGACAUGCUACGCCAAGCAGAAAGCUCUGUCUUCAACAGCUUCAGAUCAACAAAGUCAACGUUGUUGCUACGACAACAGUAACAAAGGGUUGAUAACUGAUUCCACCAUUGCUAAAGGAUAUAACACAUAUAUGAUUGGUCAGCCGACAUCAGAAGUACAAAUUGCAGCAGAUCAGAAUUUUGGCACUUGUUGUAAUGCAGAAAACAGUUACGCCUCAAAAAUAGAUCUUUGUGACAAGUUCUUGGAAGUGUUACCUGUGUGUUCCUCCGACAAUUUUGUGGCCAGUGGAGCAGGUGAUCCCCAUUUAACAACACUUGAUGGGUUAUCCUUCACAUUCAAUGGACAUGGAGAAUUUAUUCUACUCCAAGCAUCUGAUGUAGAAGUUCAAGGACGAUUUUCACCUCAGAGAAAUCCUGCUGGUGUUAAGAGUGCCACCUACAUUAGUGCUGUAGCCGGACAACAGUCCAGUCCUAUUAGUGAUAAAGUGGAAUUCAGACUGAACUCAGGAAAAAAUAACACAGAAAUUCUCAAAAACGGUGUUCUCCAAUCCGUGGAUUUGUCAUCAGGAGCCGUAGAUUGGAAUGAGGUCUCCAUAACUAAGUCAGUUAGCAGCCAAAACAUACCCACCUGGAAAAUGAUUUUUAGCGGCGGACUAACAGCCGGUAUACAACUUAAUAAUCAGAUGUUUCAGCUUGUUAUUGAAGCCGCUUCCAAUUAUCGCAGUAAUUUCAAAGGACUGUUGGGUAAUUUUGAUGGUCAGACAAGUAAUGAUUUCACCUCACCUAACGGAACAAUCACACCAUCAUCCUCUGUGGAAAGUGACAUCUAUACAUAUGGAGUUGAGUGGCAAAACAAUGCCAGCGACACUCUAUUUACAUAUAAUGGAGGAGACAACAAUACCGCCUGGUCAAGCCACAUAGAUUCUUCUUAUACCCCUGUCUUCUUCAAUGCUGACCUGACUGUCAUGUUUACAAAUGCCUCAAAAAGAGCUACAGCCAUCAGUACCUGUAACAAUGGAGAAAGCACUGAUUCUGAUCCAGAAAAACGCAGGGAGUGUUACUUUGACUUCAAGGUCACUGAAAACGCUGCCCUGGCCUCUUCAACUUCUGACACCAAGACUGCUUUGGUGGAAACACAGUCCACUCUUGCCAACUAUCCACCGGAGAUAAAGAAUGGCAAUGUUACAAUAGAGGUAUCAGUUGGCGGAAACUUCACACUACAACUUAUUGCUGAGGAUCAAAAUGGAGGGGAUACCAUCUCCUUGUUUCUUAAUAGUGAUACUCCAUCUGGACUUAGUGUGGAUAAUACAACAAAAAUACUGACUUGGAGUGAAGUUCAAGACAGCAACUCCAUGUCAAUCCAGAUCACAGCAUCAGACGGAAAGGCUCAGUCGCUGUGGACACCAAAAAUUAAACUUUGCAAAUGUCAGAAUGGUGCUACCUGUGGCUUCAAUGUAGACAGUAGUGACCAGUUUUAUAUUGUCCCCUGUACCUGUGUAACUGGUUAUGAUGGAGACUUCUGUCAGAAUGACAUGGAUGGUUGUGCGGCCAGUCCUUGUUUUCCUGGAGUGACUUGUUCUGAUGUUCUGGCUCGUGAUCUAGCAACUACUCCAGACGGAUUCCAGUGUGGCUCGUGUCCCACUCAUCUAGUUGGCAAUGGAACCAACUGUUCAGACAAGGAUGAAUGUGUGGAAAACCAGCCUCCUCUUUGUAGCCAGAAUUGUACAAACAUUGCUAAUGGCUACACCUGCUCCUGUGUUAGUGGCUAUAUUUUGGGCAGUGAUCACAGUACUUGUCAAGACAUAGAUGAAUGUUUGAUAAAGACGGACAAAUGUGAUGCUGCGACCACAGUUUGUAAUAAUACUGUGGGUUCUUACACGUGUGACUGUAAAACGGGCUUCAGCACUGAUACAACCUAUGCAUGUACAGAUAUCAAUGAAUGCUCCUCCAACCCCUGCCCGGUCAAUUCCAGGUGCGAGAACACUGUGAGCAGUUACACUUGUACCUGUAACUUUGGAUAUGAAAAGAACACACAGACCAAUACAUGUGAAGACAGAGAUGAGUGUGCGGGAUCCAACAAUUGUCAACAGAAGUGUGUAGAUGGUGUGGGGACCUACACAUGUUCCUGUAACACGGGGUACCGUCUCAAUGAGACCGAUUUAGUCAGCUGUUUACCUGAAAAUGAGUGUACAGCAAUCAAGAAAUCAACCUGUGAUGGAGGAAGUGGUCGAGCUUCAUGUGCCGUGUCUAAUGGAGACGUCCUAUGUUCUUGUCCCUCUGGUUACGCACUCAAUGGAACAAAUUACUGUAUUGAUAUUGACGAAUGUAGCACUGGAGCUGAUAAUUGUGUGAAGACAAAGAGUGACUGUAUCAACUUACAGCGUGGCUUUAACUGUCAAUGUAAAUCUGGAUACAAAGCACUUAGUGCUUUCGUCUGUGCAGAUAUUGAUGAAUGUGCAUCAUCCAGCAACAACAGUUGUAUCAGCCCUGCCACCUGUACAAACAAUGAGGGAGGAUACCUUUGUGUGUGCCCCUCAGGUUAUGUCUCCUCCGGUCAAUAUAGCUGUAAUGACAUUAAUGAAUGUGCCUCUGCUGCUACACAUGCAUGUGAUAAAAAUUACGGAGAGUGUAGUAAUACACCCGGUAGGUACACCUGUACCUGUAACAAAGGGUUUACUGGAAAUGGAUAUGUAUGUGCAGAUUUGAACGAGUGUGCAUCAAGUACAACUAACAACUGUACCCAGAUCUGUUUUAACAGUAUUGGAAGCUAUACCUGUUCCUGUCUAAAUGGGUACCAGCUCGACGCAGACAAAAUCACCUGUAAUGAUGUGAAUGAAUGUAAUGACACUUCUGCUAAUGGUUGUUAUAGCAACAGCUAUUGUACUAACACGGUGGGAAGCUAUACAUGUUCCUGUCCUAUUGAUUACCGACUUAAAGGCGACGGAAAAACUUGUCAGUCCAUUUACCAGUGUGCAGCCAAUCAUGGAUGUAGCCAUACCUGUGGCAGAAAAAACAAUAUAGACACCUGUUCUUGUCCUACUGGUAUGGAAUUGGAUAACACAAAUAAAACCUGUGUGGACACAAAUGAAUGUGCUUCUCUAUCCACCAACCUGUGCAGAUUGGUAAACAAUGUGGUUUGUUUGGACACCAACGGUUCUUAUGUCUGUAACUGUGUCAACAGCUCCUAUGUUAAAACCCAGGCCACUGUCUGUGUCGAUGCUGAUGAAUGUGUACUAGGCACUGCCAACUGUCCUGCUAACUCUAGAUGUGUAAAUCAGAACCCUGGCUAUGAGUGCCAAUGUUUGACAGGUUACUCCAAAUUAGGAGCCAUUUGUCAAGAUAUCAACGAGUGUAAUCAAGCCAAUGACUGUAAUAAAACCUUGGGUGUUUGUGCCAACACUGCAGGAGGAUACACAUGUGCUUGUAAAUCAGGAUACGCGGGAGAUGGAAGAACUUGUAUUGAUGUGGAUGAGUGUUCUCUCAACACCCAUAACUGUGACAGUCGUGUAGCAAGACGAAUCUGUACAAACACUCCAGGGAGCUUUACUUGUGGAUGUAUUAGUGGUUACCAACUAGCUGGGGAUCAGAGAACAUGCAAUGAUGUGGAUGAAUGUACAGGAAAUCAUGGCUGUUCACAAAUAUGUCAGAACAAAGAUGGUGGAUAUGACUGUGCCUGUCAAACUGGAUACAGACUUGAAGCUGACCAGAGGACCUGUGUGGUUGAAAUUGAGUGUGGAGCAGCCAAAAAAGCAACAUGUCAGAAUCGAAUGUGUGCCAAAGUGAAUGGUACUGAUACCUGCCAGUGCCCCUCAGGAUACCAGUUGGCAGGAGAUGGAACCAUAUGUAAUGACAUUGAUGAAUGCCUAAGAAAGCCGUGUUAUGCUACAAACAGUAACUGUACCAACACUGAAGGGGGAUACAAUUGUAGCUGUACAAAUGGCUACAUUUUAGGACCUAAUAAUGUGUGUAAAGACCGUAAUGGUGGUCUUUCAAACUGGACUCCAUGGGGAAGCUGUUCAAAGACUUGUGGCAGUGGGACCCAAACACGGAACCGUGCAUGUAACAACCCCACCCGUAAAAGAUUUGGAGCGGACUGUGUAGGGCCACUGACAGAAAGCCAGGACUGUAAUACACAAUUAUGCCCUCCAACAUCAACACAAACUCCAACCACAACUUCACAUGCUGCAACAACAACACAAACACCAACUGCAACAACUAAGUCUCCAAUCACAACAACAGAGGUCGCAGACACAACAAAUGCGGUAACCGAAACCACACAAGCUCAAACUUCAACAACACAAGCUCCAACUACAACCAUUUACACUGCAGCAACAUCAACACAGCCUUCAACAGCAAAUCCUGCAACAACAUCAACACAGCCUUCAAGUACAACAUCAACACAAUCUUCAACCACAACAACACAGGCUGCAACAACAACAACACAAGCACCAACCACAACUACACAGGAUGUAUGUGCUAACAUCAGUUGUCAAAAUGGUGGAGUUUGUGUCCGAGGGAGUGGUUGUCAGUGCAAUGGGAACUAUACAGGAAACACAUGUCAGUAUGCCAUACCAAGCUACACUUCAUGGUCUGUUUGGGGUGCCUGUGAUUCGGAUUGUGGAGAUGGGCUCCAAACAAGGACACGUAACUGUACUGAUUUCACAGGAGCAGAGAGGGGAGGGGAUUGUGGGAAUGAACUGAAACAGGAAAAGGCGUGCGUUGGUUUACCAGCGUGUAUUGUAACCACCAAUCCAUGUGACGCAAUCCCUGAUCCAUGCGAAGCUGAUGGAGUGACACAUACCUGUAGAGUCCAGUCUGGUGGAACAUUUAAAUGUUCCUGUCUAACUGGCUUUGUCAAUGAAGGAGUGUACUGUGUCAAUGAUAAUGAAUGUAAUCAUGACAAUAAUGACUGUAAAGACAUUAAUACAAAAACAUUCAAAGUGGGCGUGUCUGGGUGUAGGGACACUGUUGGGAGCUAUGAUUGUACAUGUUCCAGUGGAUUUACUUACAACAGUACAACCAGAAUAUGUAGUGAUGUUAAUGAGUGUGACAGCAGUAGUUUAAACAACUGUGACAUUGCAUCCAGAGCUACCUGUACUAACACACCUGGUAGUUUUACCUGUGCUUGUAAAUCUGGAUACACAGGUGAAGGAAACACAGGGACAUGCAAAGAGAAUAGAUUGCUCAGUUUUACUGGCCAUACAAACCUGUCAUCAGAUGCCUAUUCUGGGUACUUCUUUCCACAAUAUGCCAUUCCUGUUGGAAAUUUCCUGUAUCCCUCAUUUUAUUUCACGAGAGGAGGGUUACUGUUGUUCUCCACUGUCACCAGUGACACAGAGAGUACAGGAACAAGGAGACUGUUCACCAAUCCUUCCACGUUCUCCUUGGAUUCAUCAUUCCAAGAAAAGGCAGCAUUUGCUCCUUGGUGGUCCAACAUGGCCGUGGGAUCAGAUGACAGUGCCAGUGGUGUUUAUUACAAGGAGUACUCCUCUAAUGCUACAGCUGAAAACAAUUUGAUGUUGGCACAAAAAAAUGAUUUCAAUGCAAAUUUUGCUGGAUUUAGCAUGUCUGCUCCAAAGUAUAUGAUUGUGAUUACAUGGUACAAGAUGGAACUGAGCAAAACUCCAGCAAGUCCAUCUCAGACUGUAACUUUCCAGUUGGUGAUGUUAUCAGAUUAUGAGAACACCUAUAUCAAGGUCAUAUAUAAUGACAGAGAAAUGACGUGGGACGUUCUGAACUCAGUGGGUAACUACCCAGUGAGGAUUGGACUCUUGAAGCAGAAUGAAACUGUUGAAGAAUAUCCUCAGUCUUAUCUGGAUCUGCUCUCUAAAUCUGAUGACAAAGAUAAGAUACAGAAGAUUGAUGAAGUUAUUCCUACAGGGCUUGUUGGAGCUGUAGAAUGGAGCAGAAAAGGUUUUGCAUAUUAUCGAAUCUCCAAGUCCGGAGGAUUUACCUCUCAUCCAGGUCUACAAUGUAGUGCAUAUAUCGAAACUCAGAGAACUCGACAACAGACCCCACAGUACUCAGUUGUGAUAGCAGAUGUCAGCAAAUGUCCCCCUACUUUACUGCAAAUGACUGAUUACUUUGUGAAAUUCACAAGUGCAGGUAUUCCAAGCACCAUGACAUGCUACGCCAAGCGGAAAGCUUUGUCUUCAACAGCCUCAGAUCAACGAAGUCAACGAUGUUGCUAUGACAACAGUAACAAAGGGUUGAUAACUGAUUCCGCUCUUACCAAUGGAUUUAAUACUUACAUGAUUGGUCAGCCGACAUCACAAGUGCAAAUUGCAGCAGAUCAGAAUUACGGCACUUGUUGCAAUGCAGAAAACAGUUACGCCUCAAAAACAGAUCUUUGUGACAAGUUCUUGGAGCUGUUACCUGAGUGUUCUUCGGAUAACUUUGUGGCCAGUGGAGCAGGCGGAGCGUUAGGAGAUCCCCAUUUAACAACACUCGACGGUUUAUCCUUCACAUUCAAUGGACAUGGAGAAUUUAUUCUACUCCAAGCAUCUGAUGUAGAAGUUCAAGGACGAUUUUCACCUCAGAGAAAUGCUGCUGGUGUGAAGAGUGCCACCUACAUUAGUGGUGUAGCAGGACAACAGUCCAGUCCGAGUAGUGAUAAAAUAGAAUUCAGAUUAAAUUCUGGAAAAACUGACACAGAAAUCUUGAAAAAUGGUGUCCUCCAAUCUGUGGAUUUGUCAACAGGAGCCAUAGAUUGGAACGAGGUUUCCAUAACUAAGUCAGUUAGCAGCCAAAACAUAUCCACCUGGAAAAUGAUUUUUAGUGGUGGACUUACAGCAGGUGUACAACUUAAUAAUCAGAUGUUUCAGCUUGUUGUUGAAGCCUCUUCCAGUUAUCGCAAUAAUUUCAAAGGACUGUUGGGUAAUUUUGAUGGUCAGACAAGUAAUGAUUUUACCUCACCUAACGGAACCAUCACACCAUCAUCCUCUGUCGAAAGUGACAUCUAUACCUAUGGAGUUGAGUGGCAGAACAAUGCCAGCAACACUCUAUUUACAUAUGAUGGAGGUGACAACAAUACCGCCUGGUCCAGCCACAUAGAUUCUUCUUAUACCCCAGUCUUCUUCAAUGCUGACCUGACAGUCAUGUUUACAAAUGCUUCCAAAAGAGCUGCAGCCAUCAGUACCUGUAACAAUGGAGAAAGUACGGAUUCUGAUCCAGAAAAACGCAGGGAGUGUUACUUUGACUUCAAGGUCACUGAAAACGCUGCUCUGGCCUCUUCAACUUCUGACACCAAGACUGCUUUGGUGGAAACACAGUCCACUCUUGCCAACUAUCCACCCGAGAUAAAGAAUGGCAAUGUCACAAUAGAGGUAACAGUUGGUGGGAACUUCACACUACAACUUAUUGCUGAGGAUCAAAAUGCAGGGGAUACCAUCUCCUUUUUCCUAAAUAGUGAUGCUCCAUCUGGACUUAGUGUGGAUAAUACAACAAAAAUACUGACCUGGAGUGAAGUUCCAGACAGCAACUCCAUGUCAAUCCAGAUCACAGCAUCAGACGGAAAGGCUCAGUCUCUGUGGACACCAAAAAUUAAACUUUGCAAAUGUCAGAAUGGUGCUACCUGUGGCUUCAAUGUAGACAGUAGUGAUCAGUUUUAUAUUGUCCCCUGUACCUGUGUGAAUGGGUACGAUGGAGACUUCUGUCAGAAUGACAUGGAUGGUUGUGCAGCCAGUCCUUGUUUUCCUGGAGUGGCUUGUUCUGAUGUUCUGGCUCGUGAUCUAACAACUACUCCAGCUGGAUUCCAGUGUGGCUCUUGUCCCACACAUCUGGUCGGAAAUGGAAUCAGCUGCUCAGACAAAGAUGAAUGUGUGGUAAACAAGCCUCCUCCUUGUAGCCAGAACUGUACAAACAUUGCUAAUGGCUACACCUGCUCCUGUGUUACUGGCUAUAUUUUGGGCAGUGAUAGCAGUACUUGUCAAGACAUUGAUGAAUGUUUGAUAAAGACCGACAGAUGUGAUGCUGCCACCACAGUUUGUAAUAAUACUGUGGGUUCUUACACGUGUGACUGUAAAACAGGCUUCACCACAGAUACGACAUAUGCAUGUACAGACAUCAAUGAAUGUUCCACAAACCCAUGCCCUGCUAACUCUAGAUGUCAGAAUACAGUGGGCAGUUAUAUUUGUGCCUGUAAUUUUGGAUACGAGAAAAAUACACAGACAAAUACAUGUGAAGACAAAGAUGAGUGUGCGGGAUCCAACAAUUGUCAACAGAAGUGUGUAGAUGGUGUGGGGACUUACACAUGUUCCUGUAACACAGGUUACCGCCUAAAUGAGACAGAUUUAGUCAGCUGCUUACCUGAAAAUGAGUGCACAGCAAUCCAGAAAGCAACCUGUGAUGGAGGAAGCGGUCGAGCUUCAUGUGCCGUGUCUAAUGGAGACGUCCUAUGUUCUUGUCCCUCUGGUUACGCACUCAAUGGAACAAAUUACUGUAUUGAUAUUGAUGAGUGCAGCACUGGAGCUGAUAAUUGUGUGAAAACAAAGAGUGACUGUGUCAACUUACAGGGUGGCUUUAAGUGUCAAUGUAAAUCUGGAUAUAAAGCACUUAGUGCUCUUGUCUGUACAGAUUUUGAUGAAUGUGCAUCAUCCAGCAACAACAGUUGUACAAGCCCUGCCACCUGUACAAACAAUGAGGGAGGGUACACUUGUGUGUGCCCCUCGGGUUAUGUCUCCUCCGGUCAAUAUAGCUGUAGUGACAUCAAUGAAUGUGCCUCUGCUGCUACACAUGCCUGUGAUAAAGAGUACGGAGAGUGCAGUAAUACCCCCGGUGGGUACACCUGUACCUGUAACAAAGGGUUUACUGGUAACGGAUAUGUAUGUGCAGAUUUGAAUGAGUGUGCAUCAAGUUCAACAAACAACUGUACCCAGACCUGUUCUAACAGUAUUGGAAGCUAUACAUGUUCCUGUCUUAAUGGCUAUCUGCUAGACGCAGACAAAAUCACAUGUAAUGAUGUGAAUGAAUGCAAUGAUACUUCUGCUAAUGGUUGUUAUAGCAACAGAUAUUGUACUAACACUGUGGGAAGUUAUACGUGUUCCUGUCCUAGUGAUUACCGACUUAAAGGCGACGGGAAAACUUGUGAAUCCAUUUACCAGUGUGCAGCCAACCAUGGAUGUAGCCAUACCUGUGGCAAAAUAAACAAUGUAGACACCUGUUCAUGUCCUACUGGUAUGGAAUUGGAUAACACAAAUAAAACCUGCGUGGAUACAAAUGAAUGUGCUUCUCAAUCCACCAACCUAUGCAGACUGGUAAACAAUGUGGUUUGUUUGGACACCAACGGUUCUUAUGUCUGUAAUUGUGUCAACAGCUCUUAUGUCAAAACCCAGGCCACUGUCUGUGUUGAUGCUGAUGAAUGUGUACUAGGCACUGCCAACUGUCCUGCUAACUCUAGAUGUGUAAAUCAGAACCCUGGCUAUGAGUGCCAGUGUUUGACUGGUUACUCCAAAUUCGGAGCCACUUGUCAAGACAUCAACGAGUGUAAUCAAGCUAAUGACUGUAACGAUACUUUGGGUAUUUGUACCAACACUGCAGGAGGGUACACGUGUGCUUGUAAAUCAGGAUACACAGGAGAUGGAAGAACUUGUAUUGAUGUGGAUGAGUGUUCUCUCAACACCCAUAACUGUGACAGUCGUGUAGCAAGACGAACAUGUACAAAUACUCCGGGGAGUUUUACAUGUGGAUGUAUUAGUGGUUACCAACUAGCUGGGGAUCAGAGAACAUGCAAUGAUGUGGAUGAAUGCACCGGAAAUCAUGGCUGUUCACAAUUAUGUCAGAACAAGGAUGGUGGAUAUGACUGUGCCUGUCAAACUGGAUACAGACUUGAAGCUGAUCAGAGGACCUGUGUGGUUGAAUCUGAGUGUGCACCAGCCAAGAAAGCAACAUGCCAGAAUCAAAUGUGUGCCAAAGUGAAUGGUACUGAUACCUGCCAGUGCCCCCCAGGAUACCAAUUAGCGGGAGAUGGAACCACGUGUAAUGAUGUUGAUGAAUGCCAAACAAAUCCUUGUUAUGCCACAAACAGUAACUGUACCAACAGAGCUGGGGGAUACAAUUGUAGCUGUACAAAUGGCUACAUUCUAGGACCUAAUAAUGUGUGUAAAGAUCGCAAUGGUGGUCUUUCUAACUGGUCUGCAUGGAGUAACUGUACAAAGCAAUGUGGCACUGGAUCCCAGACAAGAACAAGAUCUUGUAACAAUCCUACUCGUCAGGGCUCAGGGGCAGACUGCUCGGGGGCACUGUCACAGACCCAAGAUUGUAAUACAAACCUGUGUCCCCCUAAUGAAGUGGAAAAGAACUAUGGUAUUGUUCUACAGUUCAAAGGACUACCUGUGUCAUCAUUCACAACAACAGUGAGGGGACAAUUUAGAACAACAGUUGCUACUGGUAUCACCAAUUUCUGCAACAAAGACAAUGCAAACCUGAGACAAUGUUGUUCCAGUCAGUCUAGCUAUGUGCCAAGUACUGCAUCACCUUUGGCAUACACAACUGCAGAUAAGAUUGCUAUUGGAGAUGGCUAUCCACGAGAUGUUUCGGGAACAACCCAGAUUAUGCUCAUUGUGAAAUCUGACAGAAACAAUGCCCUUUGCUCGGCCAGUAAAAGACGCAGGAAGCGUGGCGUCAGUCUUGGUGGGAGUGAGAUAGCUAUUCCUCAGGCUGUGCUAGCAUCCAUCAUGAGUGAUCCUACUAUAUCACAAGCUGUUGUAUCAAACAUUAUCCAGACAGUUCAAGCUGAGACAGGCGUGGUCCUCAACAUCACAACAGAACCCAUUAAGCUUGUCACGAACACCACUAACGACCUAAUACCUAUUAUUUUUAUUACUCCUGUACAGGUUGCUGCUUCUACACCAGGUGUUAGUGUGAAGGAGGGGGUCACAGAAGGCUGGGUUGUGGCCUUAGCUGUCAUCUUCAGUCUUAUUGGAAUUUUGAUCCUCCUAUUCAUUGUGUUUGUUAUCUUAGUUAGGGCAAACAUAAUUUUUAAAUUUCCUGAGGAUGGAAAAAAAUCGAAAGAAGAAGAUACAGAGUCUGAAGAGGAAAAAUCAGGUGACAGUGAAGGAGAAGACAAAACAUCUGAAGAAUCUCCAGAUAAAAAAGAAGAGAAAUCUGAAGACACUGAAGAUGAAAAGGAAGAGGAGAAAUCUGAGGACAUUGAAGAUGAAAAGGAAGAGAAAUCUAAGGAAGCCGAAGAUGAAAAGGAAGAGGAGAAAUCUGAGGGAACCGCAGAGGAAAAGGAAGAGGAGAAAUCUGAGGGAACCGCAGAGGAAAAGGAAGAGGAGAAAUCAGAAGAACAUGAUGAUAAAAAGGAGGAGAAAUCUGAUGAAUCUGACAAUGAAAAGGAAGAGGAAAAAUCUGCAGAGGAAAAAGAAGAGGAGGAAUCUGCAGGGGAGAAAGAAUCUGGGUAGGAAAAGGAGGAAAAUAAAUCUGAGGAAUCUGAAAAUGAAAAGAAGAAAGAAUAGUCUCCUGAUGUGAAAGCCAAAGAAUCAUACAAUUUCCUUUAAAGAAUGAGAUUUAGUGAUUUCACACUUGAACAUUUUGAUUUAUUAGAGCGGAUGCUUUUUUUUUUCUUUUC